AUGGACGCGCGGGCCUCGCAGCUCCUCGAGCCGGUGCGCGUGCCACCCAAGCUCUUGGACCGCGUCGAGAAGGCGCAGAAGCGGCUCCUCAACAAGGACGCGUUUUUCUUCGACUCGAAGCCGUCGGCUGCGAGCCCGAACGCGCGCAAGCACCUGCCGGACGUCGUUCUGCGCAACAAGAUGAUGGCGUUCGAGGCGAAAUGGAAGUGCAAGUCGAAAACGAGUCUGUACUACGACCCGCUCGACACGUCGCUCGACCGCCUCAGCGUCGAGGAGCGCGAUUUGGUCAUGAACCGGAUUCAAACCAAAGUCGAAGAGAUCACCGAGGCGGUCGAGGCCAAGUACCGGCGCAAGCAAGCCGCGCUCGACACGCAGGGCGUCUUUGACCACGACGUCAACGCGCGCCGGGUGCAAACCAUGUGCCUGGUCGAGCUUCAGCGCAAGUGCAACAUCGACCGCAUCAAGGAGGCGGUCCUCGACGAGUUUGAGAUGGAGCGCAACCCACUCGCUGUCAAGGGCAAGCCCCGGCACGCGUCGCUCAACGUCCUCAACGUCUUUCUCAAGAAAGCCGAGAAGGCCGAGAUGGCCGGCCCCAAGAAGCUCCAGCGACUGCUUCGCAAGCCGCGCGACGUCGAGCCCGUCCAGCCGCAAGAGAGCGGGAGCAACCAAGUGGUCGACGCGGCCGAGACCGCCGCCAAGGCACCGCCGGUCGUCAAGCCCGAGCCGUUCAAGCCGCGCGCCGGCGCCGACGAGCUCAACGAGCGCCAAGUGCUCCUGAGCCGGCACGCGCCGGUGGUCGGUAUCAUCAACGCGCUGCGGGCGACCGAGGCUGCGGCGAAGCGUCCGAAGCGGCGCCAACUGCGCGUUGGCGACGACGUGGCCGCCAAGCCCGUGACGGCCACGGACGAGUGGACCGACCGUCCGCGCGUGUUUCAGGCGCUCGGCGCACGCUGCGCCAUGGAGCUGCACCGGCGGAGCGAGAAGGUGCUCUGGGACUUUACCGCGCCGCCGAUCGACUACUCGGAGGUCGUCGCGCACCUCGCGCCGCUCGUCGACGCCUGGCGCCGCCUGCAUCUGGAGGCGCACACGGUGAACAGCGUCGCGUCCGAAGACGACACCAAGCUCGUGCGCCUCACCGAGCGCCGCCGGCGCCAGGACCAAAACUACCACAAGUGCCAAGACGCCAUCAAGGCGCGUCUCCGUCGUGACCACGCGACAUCGGCCGCUGCACUGCCACCGCCACCGACUCCGAACAUCGAGACGGCGCCGGCCGAGCCAGAACGAAAUCCACUGCAACAGUACCGGGCGGCGCUUCUGGCGUCCCGACCGAGCACGAUCCUUGACGUCCGGCUCAACCAGCUCGUGCACCGCAAGCUCGAGCGGAACCCGUCGGCCACGCGGCGGCACCCUGUGGCCAAGGCGACGUCAUCCAAGCCGACUGUGGGCCGUCGCAUCGAGGCGCGGCUGGCCAAGCGGCGCGAAGGCGCGAUGACAUGGGAGUGGCACAUGCCCGAGAACAUGGCCAGCGACAGUACGGCCGAGGAGUUGCCGCCCACGCCGCGCCUCGGAGCGCCUGCUCCUGUGGACGCCAGCGAGUCGACGGUGUCGGCGUCGCCGUCCCGCACCAAGUUGCAGCGCAUGAUGACCAUGACGCAUGCGUCGGACGGCCGCGCGUCGCUCCAAGCCCGCCUCGAGCUCGUGUGGACGCAGUUGGACGUGCCGUACCACCUCAAGCUCGCCAUGAUGGAAAAGUAUGCCAUGCAGGACGAGCCCGAGGUCUUCUCGACCGCGCUCCGCCUCUGGGAAGACGCCGCCGAGGUCGUGAUCUUGCGCGAGCAGAUCCUCACGCUCCUGCGGUCGGUACACCAAGGCUGGCUCCGCAACGAGUUCCAAGAGCACAUGGACCGUCUCGACAUGGAUGCGCUGCACCGCCUCCGCAUUGCCCUGCCUCUCGAGUGGUCACCCAUCGUGUUCGAGACCUGGGCACAAGCGGCACUGCCGCUCAUCACGGAAGAGUGCCACGCACGGGCCGACCAGUUGCACCUCGAGACGGCCGACGAGCUCACGUUCCAAGGCCAUGCGUACCGUCCGGCGCUAUAG